AUGGCAGGAACCACCACCACCACCACCAACACGGCCACGGGCAACACCAACCCAACCGCCAACCUCCCUCCACUCCUCGACCUGACCAUCGACAAUAUCACGCCCAACACAAUCCGGAUCAACUCGCAGGCGUCCGAUGCGCGGCUCAAGUACCUGAUGGCGCGGCUGGUGACACACCUGCACGAUUUUGCGCGUGAGACCCGGCUGAGCUCGGACGAGUGGAUGGCCGCUCUUCAGUUUCUGAUCAGCUGCGGCAAGAUAUGUAGCGAUGUGAGGAAUGAAUUCAUCCUCCUCUCCGACGUCCUCGGCCUCUCCCUCCUCGUCGACAACAUCAACCACCCCACACUUCCCGGUGGCACUGAGGGAUCCGUUCUUGGCCCCUUCCACACGCACGACGCUCCCGUUCUCCCCAACGGCAGCAGCAUGACUUCGGACCCCGAGGGCGAGCCGAUGCUGGCGCUUUGCACCGUCAAGGAUCUCAAGGGAAACGCGCUCCCCGGCGUGACCAUUGACAUCUGGGAGACGGACAGCUCGGGCCACUACGAUGUGCAGCAUGCCGACCGGGACGCGCCUAGCGAGCGGUGUAUCAUGAGAAGCGAUGACGAGGGCAGGUUUUGGUUCAAGGGUAUCAAGCCCGUCAGCUACCCGAUCCCCCACGACGGGCCGGUGGGCAAGUUGCUCGAGAGGCUAAAUCGUCACCCCUGGAGGCCGGCGCAUGUGCAUUUCAAGUUUGAAAAGGAUGGGUGGGAUCCGCUUGUAACCGCUCUAUACUUGAAGGGAGACCCUUAUGAAUCAUCAGACGCUGUCUUUGGCGUCAAGAAGAGCUUGGUGGUCGAACUAGGGAAGGUGGAUAAGGCCACGGCAGAAGCAUACGGUGUGAAGGAGGGGAGCUGGCUCUUGAAGCACGACUUUGUGCUGUCCACCCAGAAGGAGACGGAGGAACUAAGAGACCGGCUAGCUGUCCAAGAGCUGGAAAAGCUGGGCUUGAAUAUGAAGCUGGUAGACCACCUGCCUGUCCCCGAGCUUGACUAG